AUGUCCCUUUCUGAGACUCCACCAAAGGCAUCGCCAUGCGACCUUACCGAUCCGCUCUCCUGUUCUCCACCAGUCUCAUCUGAACUUCAUUGUGGCUAUUGCCAACUUCCAUUUGACGGAAAAUUUGUGCGCGCCUUGAAUGGCACCUUCCAUUGGGAAUGCUUUGUUUGUCUGGACUGCCACGAGCCUGUAGCUUCUAAAUUUUUUCCCAUUGAUGCUAUUGAUGGUAGCCAACACCCCCUCUGUGAGCGCGACUAUUUCAGAAGACUAAAGCUGGUUUGUGAUAACUGCGGAGAUGCACUGCGCGGAUCCUACAUCACGGCCGUCGGUAAAAAAUUCCAUAUGGAUCAUUUCAGCUGCAGCGUUUGUUCUGUUCUUUUUGGACCUGACGAUUCAUAUUAUGAGCACGAAAACAAUGUAUACUGCCAUGAGCAUUAUUCCAGCCAAUUUGCUAUCAAAUGUUCUGGCUGUCAGUCAGCUAUUCUCAAACAAUUUGUCGAGAUUAAUCGAAAUAGCAUCGACGAACAUUGGCAUCCCGAAUGCUACAUGGUUCACAAAGCAAGUAAAAAAGAUAAUAAUCAGUCUAGAAAUGUACAAAAUGGCAUGGAAGAAAAGGUGUAUCGCAUUUGGACCGUCCUAUCAGCCUUUGAAGAAUCUGCCGCCGCCUGCAUUUCAGACAUGUUACUGCAUGUCUCCGUAGGAAGCUACUUGGACGGUGUCAAGAAGGCUGAUAAUUUCAUUACACAUGUCGAGGUUCUGUUCGGUGCAAUUGAUGAUCUACUUGACCAAUAUCAUUACCAGACCGAAGAAGAACUUCAUCACGAACGAGAGGCUAAAAUGCUCUGCAAAAAGAUCGCCAGCUUUUUUGCCUUAUUAUCCCACACCCAGGAAACCGGUACACGACGACCUGGAUUUACUCAGGAACUCCUCACACUUGUUACCGGAUUAGCGCACUAUCUUAAAUUACUUAUUCGUAUCGGUCUCACUGGAGCUCUUCGACUGGAACGCAUGCAGGAGCCUGAUCCAAUGUCUAUCGGAAGAUUCCUUUGUCAUUUGAUGGAGUUGGCAAAUAAGCAACGCGGCUCACCCAUGACUCCAGAGCGACUCACGCCAUCAGAUCUCUGUCAAAGUUGCGGCACCAUUUGUGAAGAUCAGUGUUUCAAAUCAGACAACAACUUGUGGCACGACGGUUGCUUCGAAUGUUCAAAGUGCAAAAACCUUUUACGUAGUGAAUAUGCAGACGCCUUUCUGCACACCUCUAGACUGACUCUCAUGUGCAAGCGAUGCAUUGUGAAUACCGACGGAUAUAAGCAGGGCUUUGAACUUGUUACACCUUUGCAACAAUACUCAUUUCUGCUUAGAACAUCCCUCCGCCACCUGUAUGGUAUACUGAGUGUAAACGGAGGUGCACAGACGGUUCAAACCAAAGAAACACCUCCUGGAAUAAAUACAACGGGGGGUCGUACAACUUCACUCGUUAAUACCGACAACCCACUCGAGAAAAUCAACCUGGGUGACAUAAAACGACUCAAAUCUACUCGAGCAAAGAGCAGACUAACCGAUUCACAUCGUGUUGCAAAACGAUCAACUCUCUUGGAAACCCCAAGUCCGAACGCAGCCUAUGUUACCAACCAACCUCACGAAACUAAUUCUCGCCGGCAAAAUGAGCAGUGGAAUGAGACCAACAAUACAGAUUCAUCACAUAUGGAAGACGUAACAUAUGUUCAGCUUCAACGUCUUGGAAAAGAAGAUGCUCUGACUCUCGAAGAUAUUCCAGAACUGGUAGCAGCCCAACAACACCAUAUGGAUAUUGCUCAGAAUCCCACACCCCGUCAACGUGCCCGUCAGCAAGCCAAUGCAGGACCAGAAACACGUUCUCGCUAUUUUACUGAACUGAGUGCGCUCGAGCACUUCAUGGUCAAGCAUAUUUCAGUUCUACACCUAGAGGAGAUGCUCAGAGAACACUUCUCAAUGGAGGAGCUUGUCGAUCUGAUCGAUGAUAAUAAAAACUCUACUCUUUGGGGAAAGUUCUUUACGAGCUUUAAAGCAGGCGGAGUCAAAAAAACACCACGGACUAAAGAGGGAACCUUUGGAGUUCCUUUGGAUAUAUUGAUAGAAAAGAAUGGAGUAGAAUCUAACUUGGGAAUGGGGUCCACUGGUGUAAGGAUCCCAACCUUUAUUGAUGACAGCAUCUCUGCCAUGAAGCAAAUGGACAUGUCGAUCGAGGGUAUCUUUCGUAAGAAUGGAAACAUACGACGUCUCAAGGACACGUGCGAAGAAAUAGACAGGAAUCCAAAUGGCAUCCAACUCAUUAAUGAGACACCUGUUCAAGUUGCCGCUCUGACAAAGAAGUUCCUACGUGAAUUACCAGACCCUUUAUUGACUUUCAAGCUUUAUCGGUUGUUUAUUAUUGCACAAAAGCUCGAUUGUAAAGAAGAUCGAAGGCGCGCGCUUCAUCUUAUCUGCUGUUUACUCCCUAAAGUCAAUCGAGAUACGAUGGAGGUCUUGUUUCUGUUCAUGAAAUGGGUAGCUACGUUCUCCCAUGUUGAUGAAGAAUCAGGCAGCAAGAUGGACCUGAUGAAUUUAGCCACUGUGUUGGCUCCCAAUAUUCUAUACCCCAAGAGCAAGGAUCCAGCAAAAGAAGAGUCAUUCCCGGCUAUUGAGGCAGUACACAUGUUGUUGCAGUAUCAAGAAGAAUUUUGCACUGUCCCAGAAGAUUUUGUACCGAUGCUACAAAAGUUGUCGUAUACUGAAUGUGACAGAGAGCUCAAUGCAAAAGACAUUUUAAAGAAAUGCCAGACAGUUAUGGUACCUAGACGACAACAAUCCGCUGGCGGAGGAAUGCCUCCUCUACCGAGACAACAUUCAUCUCCUGCAGCAGUAAUGGGCCAUGGAUCUACAAAACCAACACAGCCAUCACCAUCACUACCGUCGAACCAAUCCUCACUUUACUACCUGUCUUCGUCACCGGUUGACAUGAAUCAUCCCAACCCUUCUCCCCUGAACUCUACUCUCAACUACCAUCACCCCAUUCAAUCACAUCCUUUCCCAAUGCAGCGAAUGGCUUCCCAACCCAACAACUCUCAGAAUCAGCUGUUGGUAAAUCAUGCAUCUCAUUAGAGUGUCAAGAAAAAGAAGACAACAACAACAGAAGAAUCGAUAUUGAGAUGGAGAAAAGAAGGAGAAGAAGAAAAGGGACUUUUCAUUAUAUAUCCAUUCCGUACACCUUCUCCUCUUGCCAAAUCUACACAGAUACAAAUUCACAUUUUUCUUUAUUUCUUUCUUUAUUUCUUAGCUAUCUUUUUUUAUAUUCAUUCAUUCACUUAUUCAUGCAUUCAUUCAUUCAUUUAUUCAGAAGCUUGGGUGCUCUUGUAACACUCAUGACAUGAAGAGAGAAUCCUAUUUAUUUAUCUUGGUUUGGAACAAGACGC